CCGGGUAAGUUUCAGGAGCCCGGCAGUCUCUGGUCUUGAUUAGCGCCUCUCGGCGCGGCUGGGACUUCACAGCACCCGGCGGGGCCACCUCGGGUGGAAAUCCGAGUCUCUGCUCUGUGGCGUUGCCUCCAGAGGAAGCUGAGAACCAGUCUUCUAGAGCUCCAAAACCUGGGACUUAAUCCAGCUGACGCUGGCUUCAGCAUACUGACCAUGGGACCUGGCAGGAUUCCAUGUGCCCAGGACGAGCCGGCACAGGUGGUGAACGCUGGCAUGAGUGACCCACGGCACCUGCUGCACGGCCAGUCUGCAGACAGAGCCACCGUGCAUCCAGCCUCUGGAAGGCCGCCGCUACGCAGACAACAGGCCCACUGCAGGCCCGGCCUGCCGAAUCCCCCGCCGGCUCCAUUGUGCAGCUUCCGCGGGGAGGGCGCCGGGUGCAGCACCCUCUACGGGUCACUAACCUCCCCAAGGAGCGCGUCACCCCAGAAGCGCAGAGAACCCACGGGAGACGGGACGCCUGGACGUCAUUUAUUUUGCUGGAGCCCAGUGAUGGCAGCCUCUGAGCCGCCCGGGGCCUGGGGCGGCCACUGACUGCCCGAGGCAACCGCUGCGGCCGCCGCGCAGGAGGUGGACUCCGACCACUGGGCCCUCUGGCUGGAGCCUGCACUCUUGGGGAGUCGAGCGCAAGUACUCCCAGGCGCAGGGGAACGGCGCCCUGUCCACUCCGCGCUGGCAGAGCUGCCCCCACCCAACGGGUCACUUUGCGGACCCGCUGGACAGAACGUGUAACUCGCACAUUAAAUGAAAGUCUGUUUAUCCAGGCCGAGCUUCCCCGCCGGUGCUGGCGUGGGCGGGAGGGGCCAGAAGAGCUGCGGAGCCUCUUGUGGGGGGAGGGCGGCGAGCAGGGCUUGUCAGGGGUCCUCUCCCCACCGUGUGCGCCGCCCGGAGCCUGGAAUCCCGCGGCGGCCUCGCGGCGCUUUGGGUGCGGGGCGGCCCCGCCCUCCCGGUAGGGAGGGGGCGGCCCCACACGCCCCGGGGGUGGGGCUCCGGGGGCGGUGCCCAGUCGGGCCCGCGCGGCCAUUGGCUGGGCCGCCGGCCCACCCGGCCUUAGUUUCCCGCGGGCUCCGGGCGGCCCGGGGGCAGGGCCGGGCUCGGACUACGCAGGGCGGAGCCCCGGAGAGACGCGGCCCACCCGCCCCGGCCCAUAAUCGGCGCCGCCGCCGCCGCCACGACCGAGCGCAGGAGCUCGGACCCGAGGCCGCCGCCGGGCCCCGAACCCCGCCCGCCAUGCCCGCGCCCCGCGCUCUGGCGGCCGGCGCGCCAGCGCCUGGGAAGGCCGCGCUCACGCACCCGGGGAAGGCGAUCCUGGCAGGCGGCCUGGCGGGUGGCAUCGAAAUCUGCAUCACCUUUCCCACCGAGUAUGUGAAAACGCAGCUACAGCUGGACGAGCGCUCGCACCCACCGCGCUACCGGGGCAUCGGGGACUGCGUGCGGCAGACGGUCCGCAACCAUGGCGUCCUGGGCCUGUACCGCGGCCUCAGCUCCCUGCUCUACGGCUCCAUUCCGAAGGCGGCCGUCAGGUUCGGGAUGUUCGAGUUUCUCAGCAACCACAUGCGGGACGCCCAGGGACGGCUGGACAGCACGCGCGGGCUGCUGUGCGGCCUGGGCGCUGGUGUGGCCGAGGCCGUGGUGGUCGUGUGCCCCAUGGAGACCAUCAAGGUGAAGUUCAUCCAUGACCAGACCUCCCCCAGCCCCAAAUACAGAGGAUUCUUCCACGGGGUCAGGGAGAUCGUGCGGGAACAAGGGCUAAAGGGGACGUACCAGGGCCUCACGGCCACCGUGCUGAAGCAGGGAUCCAACCAGGCCAUUCGAUUCUUCGUCAUGACCUCCUUGCGCAACUGGUACCGAGGGGACAACCCCAACAAGCCCAUGAACCCGCUCAUCACUGGCGUGUUUGGAGCCAUCGCGGGCGCAGCCAGUGUCUUCGGGAACACUCCUCUGGACGUGAUCAAGACCCGGAUGCAGGGCUUGGAGGCGCACAAGUACCGCAACACGUGGGACUGCGGCCUGCAGAUCCUGAGGAACGAGGGGCCCAAGGCGUUCUACAAGGGCACCGUCCCCCGCCUGGGCCGGGUGUGCCUGGACGUGGCCAUCGUGUUCGUCAUCUAUGACGAGGUGGUGAAGCUGCUCAACAAAGUGUGGAAGACAGACUGAGCCCCGGGGUCUGCGCAUGGGCUGCUCCCAGCGCCCCCUUCUCACAAUUGCAGUGCAGUCGUGCCAAAAGGCCCCCUUCUCCUGUCCCUUACAGUCCAUGGCCCAGGGCUGUCCCCUGUGGCCAUCAGGUCCAUGUGUCCCCUGUGGUCUGUAUGACACCACCGUGGUGUCCAUGUGUCCAGCUGAGACCAGGUGUUCCUCUGGCCUGUGAAUCUGUGCCCACUUGUCCACGUGCUUACUCGUAUGCCUGUGUUUCAUGUUUCGUGUUCUGUGACCCUGUGCCCCACUUCCCGGGGUGCCUGUGUGGCCUUGGGUCACGGCCCUGUAGCCAUGGCCUGGUCCCAGCCCGGUGCCUUCCACCCUGGGCAGCAGGGGCAUCAUCCUGGCCUACCACAGCUGCCUCUGGGCCUCAGCCUGGCCUCACUGCAUUCCAGGGGCUGCGUACCCCCUGCUUCUCCCGCCACUGGCCUUAACCAGCCCUUGGGCCCUCCCUCCGCCCAGGAAAGGGUGGCACCUGCCACUCUCAGGACCACCCUUCCAAGGCAGAAUAAACUGGAUCCUGUUGCA